AUGUCCUCCCCGCAAACUACCCAUCCUUCUCCGAACAGAUUCUCGUUCCUUGUGGGUGCUGAGAAGAAGGAAUAUCUCAUGAAUCGAAGCAUCGUCACAGGGCUUUCGCCCUUCUUCGCAACGCUAGUCGGAGGUCCCUUUCGAGAAAUACAAGACAAAUUCGCGACCUUCCCGGAGAUAAAAGAAUUCGUAUUUCAGAGCUUCUACGACUUCGCCUACACGGGCAACUACGAAUUGGUGCCUGAAACGGAUUCGGGGGAUGAAAAUAAUACUGAAAGCGACCUCGUAAUCGAGAACCCGUUUUUCGAACCCGGGCGUGUGGACUCCGAAUCAUCUGGUUCAGAAGACUCGUUUGACGCAGAGCUAAGAUACGAUCGCGGACAAUUUGGAAGUCUCCGACACGCGUGGCACAGGGACUGGUCUCGACAUGAUCAGGAAGAUUGCCCGCUCCACGCUCGAAUAGCCUGCAUCGUGGUUUUCAGGUUGGGUCACCCGCCUCACCAGGUGUAUGACUUAACCAAUGAUCAAAAACACGAUUUCUGGCUGGGCACUACUUCGCGGCUAGAUCUCUUCAACCCCGAUCUUAGGUUCCCACCGCAAGGCCCAUCGCCCGAUACUCAUGUCGAAUACCGAGACAUGAUGCGGCACGCAGAGAUAUAUGUCUUCGCCGAGCAGUACAAUAUUCAGCUUCUCCGUGAAAUCUCGCUCCACAAACUGCACCUCCUCCUCCUCCACUGGAGCCCAAGCGCAGACCCUUUACUUCGCAUGAACGAACUCUUCGUCUCCAUCUACACGAACACCGCUCGUAAACGCGACCCGGCGAGGUGGAUGGUCGCCUGGUUUGCGGCAUGGCUGCAAGCCUACAUCACAUGCAAAUACGACCCGCUUGAGUGGGAUCUGGAACCCGCGGUACGCAGGUGUCCUGAGCUGGGGGCGAACAUGGUCACUUGUCUGAUAAACCCCAAGCUUCAAGAGAACGGCAAGGAUUACGCCUUUCCAGAUUGCUGGGAUCCCUACGCAAUGAGGACACCGUAUCAUGUCGCGGCCUCGGAAACAUCUCCCGAUUGA